UGAGCGGUCCCGGGUCUGCGGGGGCGGCCUCCGGCCGCAGGGGGCGCUCUCGGGAGCGGAGCUAGCUCCCGCCGGCGAUGGCGGCGCCUCUUCGCCCCGCAGGCUCCUCGGCGCGCGGCCCGGGAAGUGUCGGGCGAGGGGGCGCCGCUAGGCCUGGCUCCGGCCGCAGUGAAAGGACUAUGGCAUCAGAGCAAACCAAGGAUGAGGUGCCAGUUCCUGAGAAAUCUGCUGCUGGCCAGCUGGCCCUGCGAGAAUCAGACCCAUACAAAGAACUUGACAGUUUGCCUGUGAGCAUAAGUGACCUUUCUGUACAAGAAAAUGAGAAUGAUCCCCUAUCAUUGGAAGCUGCCGAUCAUAGCCAACCAAUAACAAGUGAGAGUACAGGAGAUGCUCAUUCAGGAGGAGCAGAAAGUGAUCCUGGGAUAUUGCUGACUGAUGCAUCACUGCUGGCUGCAGAGAACAAAGGAGAAGAACCUAUGCCCAGAGCGGUAGGACACUCUGGUGCUGUUUCCAGAGAGACGCAGGCGCGUUCCUCAAAUGAAGAGCUUUAUCAGUCUGGUUCAGAGGGUUCAGACAGUGCGGUGGAAGAAGAAAGAACCUUGCUGACUGGGGAAAAUCUGCAAACAGUUUCUCUGCACUUCCAGGUUGAUGUCCAUGCAGAACAGCAAUAUGUUACCAAUAAUUGCUCUGAAGGUGAACUGGAAGCUUCACACUUGCAGCAGGCCAGAGGGGAUGAGGGUCAGGAGCUGGAUAGUAAACCCCAGGAGGUGCCACCAAAUGGAGAGAAUGGGAUUGAAAACAGCAGAGUUGCGCAGGACUUAGAUCAGGAAGCUUCAUCCCAGAAGCCCUCUCAGAACAUUGCAGUGCAGACUGACUUCAAGACUGCUGAUAUGGAGGUGAACACAGAUCAAGAUAUUGAAAAGAACUUGGGCAAAAUGAUGUCUGAGAGGGCUUUGUUGAAGGAACGUUACCAGGAAGUGCUAGACAAACAGAGGCAGGUGGAGAAUCAACUCCAGGUGCAGCUCAAGCAGCUCCAGCAACGUAGGGAAGAAGAGAUGAAGAAUCACCAGGAGAUCCUGAAGGCCAUUCAGGAUGUGACGAUCAAACGAGAAGAGACCAAGAAGAAGAUGGAGAAAGAGAAGAGAGAAUUCUUGCAAAAGGAGCAGGAUCUGAAAGCCGAAAUUGAGAAGCUCUGUGAGAAAGGCAGAAGGUUACUGAAAGAACAGGAGGAGAAGGAAAAUAAAAUUGUUUCUCUAAUCGCAGAGCAGUCUGAUGAAAAGGAGGUAUGGGAGAUGGAACUAGAUAAGCUGAAGAACCAGCACAAUGAGAUCAAUAGGAACAUCCUGGAGGAAACAGAAAGGGCUUGGAAAGCAGAGAUAUUGUCCUUGGAGAGCCGGAAGGAGCUGCUGGUUCUGAAACUUGAAGAAGCCGAAAAAGAGGCGGAGCUACACCUCACCUAUCUCAAGUCAGCACCACCCACGCUGGAGACCAUACGACCGAAGCAGGAGUGGGAAAUGAGGCUGAACAGGAUACGAAUGACCAAAGAAAGCGUCCUGGACCAGUUCAAUGCUCACAUUCAGCUGGUGAGGAAUGGAGCAAAGCUGAGCAGCCUGCCACAGAUUCCAACCCCCACCCUGCCACCACCCCCAUCAGAAACAGAGUUCAUGAUGCCGGCAUUUCAGCCCAAUCCAUCCCUUACCCCCAGGCUGCCAUUCCCCAUUGGGCCGGUCCCAGUUCCCAUGGUCAUGCCCAGUGCUGAUCCUCGGGCGCUCUCCUUCCCGCUCCUUAACCCUGUUGUCUCCAGGCCUAAUCAGCCCUCAUCCCCUCUGCCUGCUUCCCAAGGGAGGAACAGCCCUGUAUUGGCAUCUCUUGUCGGCACCCAUGGCCCUCACAUGACAUCUGCUGCCUCUAUCCCGCCUCCGCCAGGGCUCGGAGGAGUCAAGGGUGCUCAUGAGUUUCACAGGCCACAGCCGGUCGAUAAGCUGGAAAAGAUCCUGGAGAAGCUCUUGGCUCGAUUUCCCCAGUGUAACAAGGCCCAGCUGACGAACAUACUGCAGCAGAUAAAGACAGCGAGGAGAACCAUGGCAGGGCUGACCAUGGAAGAGCUGAAUCAGCUGGUAGCAGCGAAGCUGGCCGAGCAUCAGGGCGCAGCAGUGGGUACCCAGCCACUUGGCCGAAUCAGGGCCCCCAUGUUUCCUGCUCCUCUGCCCCAGAUCAGCGCCCCUAUGUUCCUGCCACCGGCUCAGGUGUCUUACCCAGGGACACCAUCACAUGCCCCUGCUACCUGUAAGCUGUGUCUAAUGUGCCAGAAACUCGUGCAGCCCAGUGAGCUCCACCCGAUGGCCUGUUCUCACGUGCUCCACAAGGAGAUCAUACUUUGUAGCCUAGCUGUCUUCGUUGCUUUCGUGUCUGUCUGUCUGUCUCACAAGAUGCUAUGUGGGCCGAGCUGUUCUGCAGUUGUUGGAACCUGGAAGGAGCCGUGGGCAGUGCGGCUCUUGGGUACUGCAUUGGGCUGUCUGGGCGCACACCUUGUGGUGGAAGAGCUCUGCACGCCGAGGCUCUUGAGAUUAACAGCCCAGUAUUCAGUGCUGGCUUCUUGGGGGAAGGCGAAGCUUGGUCUAGUCAUUGGAGUGCAGGGCUAGUGCAUGGGAGACCUGGGUUCUCUACGCUGCUCUGCCGGUGAUCUUGGACACGUCACUUCUCUGCCUGUUUCUCCACGGGUAUCACACUGCCCUAUGCACAGGGAGAGACUCUCUUCCUCCUGUGCUUAGCUCCUUGUAUGAAAGCACUAUCCUGAUAGGGGCUGGGCCUGGGUCUCUUGAGCUCCAGCCAUGAUCCCAUUUCUCACCCAUCUAGGCCACAGCACUUCCUGCUCCCCUGGGAGACGGCAUGGGCAGCUCACAAAAUGGGUUUCCCUAUGGUCGUGUCGCUCCGUAGUACCUGCUGCCUUAGGUUAAAACAGGCAAACUACCAGUAGCCCAAGGGACCCCACUGCUGAAGAGAGGGUGAACGUUGCACGCUGUGUCGAAGGGUGAUCGCAGUCCGUGUGGGGGAAUGCGCAAGAUCAGCAUCCUACACAAAUAAUCGCAGCCCAGCACAUGGAACUGGCCUCACUUAGCAUGAGGUAGAUGGUGCUUAAGCUACCAUUAAAUUGGCAGUUCUCAAACCUCCUGUGAAAUGCCUUUGUGUCCACAAGUCUUUCUUCACUUUAGGGUAGGCCUGAGGCACGUCUAGCUGUUCAGCAAUCCUCCAUCCAUGCAGCAGGUGCAAGCUUCCCUCCUCCAUCCUGCCAGCGUCUCAACCCUGCCUUCAUGGUUUGUCCAGUCUUUGGCCUCCACUGAGCCCCCACCGCUAGUCUGUUUGUACUGUAGACACCUUUCCCUGAGCUGAAACAGGUUGCUCCUCUCAGGAGCCCAGCCUGACUCACAGCUACUGCUGGCCUGGGCCGGAUUUAAAAUGAGGAGCCAGGCUUCCUAUCUCACUAGAGGAGUGGACUGAACCGUGCAAAGCACAUCCUGCCAAUAUUCAAACCUUGGAACAAACUCACCCUGGCUGAGUCACAUUAGUCUUUGCUUUCUGCAGUUAUGCUAUUCAGUGGGAUUGCUGGCAACAGCAACUUCAAAUAUUAGUCCCAAAAUCUGAGAGUUAAUGAUCAUCCAGGUGUGCAUGGAAAUGAACUACAUGAUUCUGCCUGCUGCUGCUGCACUGUUAAAUACCUGGACUGAGCAGCAGCCCAGAGGUCAUUGGAGAAAUUAAGCAAAUAAUUUCAACCUAUGAAUUCAUAUGAGAAAAGCAUGAACUGUUAAUGGAAUUUGUGUUGCAGUGUAAUACGUCAGAGGUUCUCCCUCGCCCUACCCCGUGCCUGACCUGUGAGCCAUCCCCACCUGUUGAGAACAUACAACGAGGGAACUGCUAGCUCAAACUCCACACUGUUACCCAGUGUGCUUUCUUCCACCAUGACCUUUGUGUCUUCCCAUGGUACCUGGGAUGUCUGUGCUCACUAACAACUUCAGUGCAUCUCAUUGAGUUCUCCACUCAAGUCAGGCACUUCCCUUACCUGCCCUAAUCCUAAAGAGCCCUCAACAGCUCAAAGCCCCCCACAACCCUCCCCCACCUCCUUCCUUGCACGCUCUGAGUUGCCCCCCAGGCAAUGAACAGGCUGUGAACACAAGGCUUUUCUGUUUAAUGUAAUAAUUUACUGUGUAACAUUCAUUAUUCAUACAUUGACAUUAGGGUUACAGAGUAUGGAAGUCUAUAGUAGCCGCUAAGAGUAACUAUCCCCAGUCCUUGUCCUGCUCCCCAAAUAAUUGGACAGAGAGUUGGACGCAUGGUGUGGUCCUCGCAGUCUCCUGUUACUCUAACUCAGGGCCCAGGGGAAGGGAGUUCUUCAGGUGAUAAAGCUGGCUGCACUGCAGCUCAGAAUAACAAAGCUUUCAAGACCCAACUUGCCCCCUCUGAGCACUUCUUACUACAUCGGGCUGGCAUAACCAGAGUGAUCGCUACUGAUUACAAUGGGAGUUAAUGGUGCCCAGCACCUCUCAGGAUCUGGCCCCUACUUUGUAGAUUCUGCACAAUCUUUGGGACAAAGUCAGCACUGGUGUAAGCAGCUGCAACUCCACUGAAGUCAAUGGAAGUGUCACCUGCCUGCAGCAUGGCUGAGUUUGGCCCAUCAGUGAAUUUCUGCACGCACACGGACAUGUAAAGGCAGUGGUCCAAACUGAGUGGUGUCCCGGAGGUGUUCUGGGCAGGCACUGGGGUGUGGAGGUUGCAGUUGCAUAAUUUCCCCCUUGGUUGGAGUCGGGUUGCUCCCUGAGUGCAGGACUGGAGCAAGUUAUGGGAACCAGAUGGUGCUGGCAAAAGCAAAGCCUCUGUGUCUCGUGAAGUAGGGAGACAUGGGGGGGGGAAAUAUCUUCUACUGGACCCGCUUCUGCUGAUGAGAGGACACGCUUUGGAGCCACACGGAGCUCUUCUGCAGGGCUGACCUGUCCGUAAGCUUGAAAGCGUGUCUGUCUCACCAACAGAUGUUGGUCCAAUAAAAGACACCCCCCCUGUGUCUCUUUACCCUGGGACCAACACUGCAAACAACAGCGAAGUAGGUUCAUAGAGUGGGAAGGGGUGGGGUGCUGCAGCUGUACCCACAGCCAGAGUUCACUUGGUUCGGCCUGUUUGUAAGGUUUCUGGCUACCCAGUGCAGGCUCCUUAGCUAGUGCCUCACUCCAGGGACUUCUUGCUGCUUUCUUUAAGGAAUAUUUUCGUAGACCCCUGCUCUUGUCACUUUUUAUGCUGUUAGUUCUCCCAUGCUGGCCAGGCCAGCCUGUGCUGCUGGGGAACGUUAACAUUUUUAAACAAGGAUGAUUCUCAUCAAUGUGUAAAGCAAAAAUUCCUGAAAACACUUCAUGCCAGAGUCCCUCUUGUACCUGCCUAUGCUUUCUUUUCUCCUCCACGAAGGCUCAAAUUUGGGCCUACGCUCCUUGCUGCUGCCCCUUGAAAUUCUUCAGAGCCCUGUUGAGCCUUCCCUUGGGGUCAUGGCAGCAGCUCCUCUCCAAUUCAUCCCAGGAAAAGUAAAGUAGGGUAGGGAGAUUUGCUGUUGUCGGAGCCAUUGAACUAGGGUCACAUAUUGGAAUCAGCUGGGGCUAGUGCUCAUGGUCAGUUACUUGCCGUCAGGGGAGAGGAGAGCCCUACAGUCUGCCCUCCAUCUUGCGCUGUCUUGCUGCCCUUGGAACUGUUCUUGCACUGUGCAUGGGAAGUUUCCAGUAAUGCUGCUCCCACCAGCACAGCAUCUCUGGAUCCCAGCUAGCAGGUGAGAGGUUUCCACUGAAGAGAGGUUUUUCUCUACCCUCUUUAGGAGUCAAUAGCUCCUUCACAGUUGCAGCUGCCCCUGCAUUUCCACCUGACAAUGAAACUGUUGCAGAACAGCAGGGUGUGGUGCUACUAUACAUUUGUGAGGUACACUUGGGAUCUAAACCCCCACCUCCCAAGCCUCUCUGCAAAGUGAAACAGUUCUGCAUUCCUCCCGAAUGGCUCAGCUUUAUCUUGCUGGGCCAUUUAGGGGCACGUUAAACCCCAAGUCCCCUUUAGGAGCUGCAUUAGCAAAGCUCUGUAAUAAGCAGCUCCCAGGCUGGGCAAAUGUUCCUACAAACAGCUAGUUUCCUCGGUUGUCUCAUUCACUAAAAGCUCAGGUGUUUGUGCUUGGCUGAGCACCUUCCCCUGCCCAGGCUGCUCUAGUACUUUUCAGUCUCGCCAUGAAGGCCUACACAUCACCUUGUGCUGAGGCUAGGAACAACUGUGUUACCAAUUCCCCAGGAGGAGUCAUCUGCAGGAUUAAGUAGGAAAAGAACCCAGGUUGGGAAGAAACAAAGUUGCUUUUUAAAGCAACAAUUAGUACCAGAACUGAAGCAAAAUGUGCAAGCGUUGGUCACUGGGAUUCAGGAUGAGGGGUUCUUAUGUAGUAGGAAAACCUACUUGAACAGAAAUGGGACAGAAGCAAAAACAGCCUUGAGCGAUAUUUUUUUUGGCUUGUGAACCACUGCUGUGUGCGUGAUCUAAUUUCACCCCCCGCAACCCAGUGCCCCCAUCACCUUCGCCAGAUAUAUUACAAGUGAUACAUCCAUCACAACAAAUGCCAGAUCGCCAACGAUCCAUAAAGUGCUUCCAUCAGACAAACCACUGCUAAGCACCCCUGACUUGCAGCCUGGCCCCUUUGCCCACAACCAAAGCAAGGAGCUUAAAAACCCACCAACCCCCUCGAGUUGGGUUUCCAAUGAACCAGGGGCUUUCAGCACUAGAUUAAAAAUAUAAAAAUAUGUAUAUAUUGUACAGGCAAGAAGCAUUCAUUAUUGGUACACUCACAUACAGCACAGCCUGCUACGUACACACGCUGCCCUCUGCUCGAGCACAGCAUCCCCGGCCCUUUGCCAUUAUAAACAAGGAAAAUUAAGUAAAACCAUGUGUUUCAAACACACUAAUAAUGAUGAUGGUGAGGCUGCUGCUGACCCCCUGAAAUAACAAGCGAUUUAUUGUGGUGGGCUGGGGCCUUCCCCCACAGCAGCCAGAGGCAGAUAUUCCAGGAGCUAAUCGUCUUGGAUGGUUAAGUCCAGCGCAGGGAAUGGGGUUUCCCCUCAUGACCGGUGCAGUGUGAGGCAAGCCUGUCUUGUGCUGCACGCCUUCUGUGGAGGGGCUCCGAGAGGAGACGACCCGCAGCUCUGGCUUUCCUGGGGCUUUCCCAAGCAGGCCCGGUAACAGUCUGGUUUCGUGGCUUCCACACCUUCCUGGGCUGCUGGUCCUGUUCUGGGGCUGGGUUCCACCCCGCCCCAGCAGAGGCUGCUGGUUCUCCCCCAGGUGCUGCAGAGCGAGGCCCAUCGAAAGCUUCUGUGUGCAGUGCUUGGCAGGAGAGCUGGGAGCCAGAGGAGGUUAGGCCCUUUCCCAUGAUUUGCAGCCCAGGCAGAGAUGAGGGGAAUGGAUGGUUUGCCCUGCCCCCACCUUUCCCCCCAGUCUUGCAUGGGAGGGCAGAGGGCUCUGCCCCAAUCCACUUCCCAGGGCCCAAGAGAUUGAAAAGUGGAAGAACAUCGUACCUCUCCCCCAUCCCUUCCCUGAUCCCAGCAGGCAGGACCGGCUCUAGGUUUUUUGCCGCCCCAAGCUGAGGUGGGGCUGGGGUUCGCAGGUGGUGCUGGAAGCAGAGGGAGUCACGUCCCCUUCUCCCAGCGCCUGCAGGGGCUUUCCCCCUCCCCUGCCCGGCUGCGCAGAGAAGCCCCGAGAUAAGGGGUGGCACAAGGCAGUGCAGCAGCCGGUGCACAGAUGCGGUGGCGCAGCCCUGGCUCCCCGGCAGGAUUCGCCCUCUCCUCCCCAGAUAGCAGCUGGGCCCUGGCAGCUCAGCAUCCCGGGGCUGGGGCUUCCCCUUCCCACUGUGGCCGGGGGCGCGGUGCCCUCGCCCUGUCGAAGGGGCGCAGCUCCAAGAGCACAACUGCCCCGAAAAAAAGGAUGGCCGGAAUACCGCCCCUGGAAAUGUGCCGUCCCCAGCACGUGCUUGCUUUGCUGGGGCCUAGAGCCGGUCCUGCCAGCAGGGGCUGCCAGAGCUGCCCCCUUAGCGGCACUUCUCCUGGGGAGUGCAGGGAAGCAGCUGUUCCCUAUGAGCUGCAGGAUGGGGAAGCGACCUACCCCUACAUCGACUGGUCUAAGCUGCAAGCUGUGGAGCCGAGACCCCCCUUGCAGCCUGAGGUGCCCAGACUUCACUCCACCAGCCCGCAGCGAGCAGUCCGUCUCCAGCCCAGGCACGGAGAGCUGGCCUGGAGAGAAAGCUCCUCGGCCCACCGGCAGACCCCGGCACUCACUGCUGGGACGGCUGUCCUGCUCCCUGUACAACAGCAUGGGAUUGUGGUGGCUGCACACAGUGCCUAAUUUGUGCCGGGGCUUGCCAGGGCUGAGCCCCAGCACAGCGAGGCUCGGCAGUUCAGGGUUUGUUGUGUCAGUUCUGAAA